GAAAAACACAUCCACACUCACAAUGGACGGACCCAACACCAAGCCAUACCACAUCCCCACCGACGCCGUCUGGUUCAUCACCGGCUGCUCCUCAGGCAUCGGCCAAGCCCUCGUCCACCACAUCACAACCCACCACCCAACCCACCGCGUGGUCGCAACAGCCCGCAACCCAGCCAGCCUAUCCUUCCCAACCACCAACGCCAACAUCCUCCCGCUAGCCCUCGACGUGACCUCCCAAACCUCCAUCGACGCCGCCCUCCAGAAGACCCUCGCCCACUUCCACCGCAUCGACAUCCUGGUCAACAACGCCGGCUACACGCUGGUGGGCGACACCGAAGCCGCCUCCGACGCCGAGGCGCGCGCCCUCCUGGACACCAACUUCUGGGGCGUGGUGGACCUCACCAAGCGCAUGCUGCGGAUCAUGCGCGAGGACAAUCCCAGAAGUGGUGGUCCGCAAGGCGGCGUGAUCCUGAACGUCAGCUCGAUGGGCGGGUUCAUCGGGUUCCCGGGGAGUGCGUUCUACCACGCCAGCAAGUUCGCCGUGGAAGGGUUCACCGAGGCGGUGGCGAGAGAGGUGCCGGUGGAGUGGAAUAAGCCCGGCGGCGUGAAGACCAACUACGCCACCACCAGCCUCAAGACCAUGGUCAACGGCCGCCAUCCGGCGUAUGACCACCCAGGGUAUCCGGCGAAUGCGCUGUUGGCGUAUAUGAGUCAAGAAGAGAAUCGGCGGGCGUGGGCGGAGCCCCAGGCGGUCGUGCGGGCGAUUGUUGAGAUUGUGAAUCGGGGGCGGAGGAUCCCGAUUCGGGUGCCUCUGGGUGCGGAUGCGUUUGGGAUGAUUGCGAUGGAGUUAGAGAGUAUUCAGAAGGAUUUGGAGGAGGUGAGGGAGCUGUACGAUGCUGUAGAUCUCGAGGCUGUAAGUGUGAUCAGCUGA